CCGUUCGCGCUCGAGGGCGAGCGCGUCCGCAUCCACGUCCACCGCCACGAGCCCGACUACUUCAUGUCGCACGCCGACCUCGUCGACAUCCUCGAGCCGAGCCCGCGCCGCAUGGCCGACGUCCACGAGCUGCCCGACCGCCUCUUUGUCGGCGACGCCAAGGCCAAGCUCGAUGCCGUCCGCGCCAAGUUCGGCAAUCGCGUCCAGUGCCAGUACUUUGGCGAGUGUUCCGGGUGCCAGUACCAGCCCCUGGCGUACGACGAGCAGCUCGAGAUGAAGCGCGAGGUCGUCCGUCGCGCGUUCGCCAACUUCUCCGGCCUCGACCCUUCCCUCGUCCCCGCCAUCGGCCCGACCCUGCCCUCGCCUCUCGAGUACGGCUACCGCACAAAGCUCACGCCGCACUUUCAAGUCCCGCCGUCCAAGAACCCGAACCGCAACCGCCGCAAGCCCAAGGCCGGCGCCGACGGCGAGGCCGCCGCUCAAGAGCCCGACAAGGACAAGGAGUGGGAGAUCACGAUCGGGUUCGAGCAAAAAGGCCGCAAGCGCAUCGUCGACAUCGAGGAGUGCGUCAUAGCGACGAGCGUCAUCAACCGGGCCAUGGUCGACGAGCGCGCCAAGGUCAAGCGUGACAUCUCGGCCUACAAGCGCGGCGCGACCAUCCUCCUGCGCGACUCGCUCCCGCCGCGCCCCGAGGGCGCCGCCGAGGUGCGCCCGAGCUGCUACACGGCGCCGUCGACCGAGGAGCACAUCUGCGUCACGGACCACCACGAGACGGUCCGCGAGCAGGUGGGAGACGUCGAGUUUCUUCAGAAGGCGGGCUCGUUCUUCCAGAACAACGCCUCGAUCCUGCCCUCGCUCAUGGACGCCGUCAAGUCCGCCAUCGGGCCCAAGUCGACCGACCCGUCGGCCCCGAAGCGGUACCUCGUCGACGCCUACUGCGGCUCGGGCCUGUUCGCCAUCUCGCUCGCCGACCUGUUUGACAAGGUCGAGGGCAUCGAGAUCGACAAGGCGAGCAUCGUGUGGGCCAAGAAGAACGCCGCGUACAACCACGGCGAGGGCCGGGGCGAGGUCGGGUUCCGCGACGGCAAGGCCGAGGACAUCUUUGGCUCGAUCGAGUUCCCGCGCGACCAGACGACCGUCCUGAUCGACCCGCCGCGCAAAGGCUGCGACGACGCCUUCCUGCGCCAGCUGCUCAACCUCAAGCCGGCCACCAUCAUCUACGUGUCGUGCAACGUGCGCUCCCAGGCGCGCGACAUUGGCUGGCUCGUCAAAAACUCGCACAAGGACGAGGGCUCGAGCGACAAGGGGUACCGGAUCGAGAGCCUCAGGGCCGCCGACCUCUUUGCGCAGACGCACCAUGCCGAGGGCGUCGCCAUCUUGCGCAGGGACGUGUAGUAGCCGGCUCGAGCGCUGCAUUGCAUCUGGCCCGACGAA